CUAUAAAAAGUGAAACGUCCCGAUCUCCUAAUAUACAUUAAAGCGCUUUUGUACGUGACUGGACGUCUAUAGCUUUGUAGAAAAAUUAAGAAUGAAGAGUGUGGUUGUAUUGAGCUUGAUCUUUGUCUUGGCUACGGCUGUAGCUGGACCCGCUGGCCAGUACACUGAUCGCUAUGACAACAUAAACAUUGACGAGAUCCUUGAAAACCGACGACUUCUCAUACCUUACGUCCACUGCUUGCUAGAACAGGGCAAGUGUACUCCUGAAGGCAAGGAACUUAAAUCACACAUAAAAGAAGCUUUAGAAAACAACUGUGCCAAAUGCACCCCGCCUCAAAGAACGCGUUCCCGUCAAGUCAUUGGCCAUCUUAUUAACCACGAACCAACAUUCUGGAACGAACUUUGUCAAAAAUACGAUCCUACUCACAAAUACACGCGUAAAUAUGAGCAAGAAUUACGCACAAUUGCCGCAAUGAACAGUUUAACAGUGGUUUGUUUGUUGGCCGCGGUGGCCAUUGCAACCGCCAUGCCGUCACCCUCGGAAACCUACACUGAUCGCUUCGACAACAUCGACCUCGACGAGAUUAUCGCUAACCGUCGGCUCCUCGUGCCCUACAUCCAUUGCGUACUGGACAAAGGAAAGUGCACUCCUGACGGCAAAGAGCUCAAAUCGCACAUCGCUGAGGCAAUUGAGAACGACUGCGCGAAAUGUACCGAAGUUCAACGUAAAGGAACUCGCAAAGUGCUCGGACACCUCAUCAACAACGAACAGGAGUUCUGGAACGAGCUGACUGCAAGAUACGACCCCGAACACAAGUACUCCGUCAAAUACGAAAACGAAUUGAGAACCUCUAAGUAAAUUAACAGGCGCACAGUUUUUCUUUUGCUCGAUG